AUGGCGCCCGGCCAGCGCAGCCCGCCAGGUUGCGGGCUGCGGGCAGGGGUCGCAGUGCCGCCCAGCGGGGUCUCCGCGGGAGGUGAUGAUAACUUCCAGAUCUUGGUGGAGUCAGAAGGGGACCACUUGCCACUGAUGGAGAUGGGCAGUUGUAAGCUUGAGGCCUCUAAUCAAUGGGAUUGUGUCCUGGUGGCUGAUCUCCAGACCCAGAAAAUCCAGAAGCAGGUUCAGAGGCAACAGCAGUUCCUAGAGAAGCUCGAGAGCAAUGGCUUCCACUUCAAGAUAAUAAAGGACCAGAAGAAGGUGUUCUUUGGCAUCCGAGCUGACAGUGGUAUCUUUGACCUGUACCGGACUCUCCUCAUGAAGCCUGAAGAUCCUCACCAGCAUCCCGUCCCAGCUACCACAAGAAUCCGAAUUGUGAGCUUUGUUGUGAACAACAAGAGGAAACUUGGUGAGACCUUUGAGGACCUGGUGAAGGAUGGGGUUUUUGAGACCAUGUUUCCUCUGCACGAGGGGGAAGAAGACCUGAAGAGAAAAUGGGCCCGAUGGAGAAACAUGUUCCGGAAACAGCCGAUUAAUGACAUCAGGAACUACUUUGGCGAGAAGGUGGCUCUGUAUUUUGCCUGGCUUGGUUGGUACACCUACAUGUUAGUGCCUGCUGCUCUGGUGGGCCUCGUUGUCUUUCUGAGCGGCUUUGCUCUGUUUGAUUCCAGCCAGAUCAGCAAAGAGAUCUGUAGUGCCUACAACAUUUUCCUGUGCCCCCUCAGCGACUACAGCCGCAAAUACCACCGGCUCUCAGAGAUGUGUGCUUUUGCAAAGCUCACGCAUCUCUUUGACAAUGAGGGUACCGUGAUGUUUGCCAUCUUCAUGGCUCUGUGGGCCACAGUGUUCCUGGAGAUCUGGAAGCGGAAGCGUGCCCGUGUGGUCCUAACCUGGAACUUGUACGGAUGGGACGAGGAAGAGGAAGAGAUGGCCCUCGAGCUCAUUAACUAUCCUGACUACAAGCUGAUAAAACAUCAUCACUCCUACCUGAGCAGCACCAUCAUCUUGAUCAUGUCCCUGUUCAUGAUCUGUUUCAUGAUUGGCAUGGCCCAUGUGCUGGUUGUCUACCGUGUGCUGGCUGCUGCUCUCUUCAGCAGCUUCCUGAAGGAGCAGGUGAUCACUGUUGUGGUGGCGACUGGGGCUGUGGUACACUAUGUCAUCAUUGUCAUCAUGACUAAGGUCAACAAAUACGUAGCCCUGAAGCUUUGUGACUUUGAGGAUCCCAGGACCUUUUCGGAGAGAGAGAGCAAGUUCACUGUCAAGUUUUUCACCCUGCAGUUCUUUGCCCACUUCUCAUCUCUCAUCUACAUUGCUUUCAUCCUGGGCAGGAUCAAUGGUCACCCUGGGAAGUCCACACGCCUGGCUGGGCUGUGGAGGCUGGAGGAGUGCCAUCUCAGUGGCUGCAUGAUGGACCUGUUCAUCCAGAUGGCCAUCAUCAUGGGGCUCAAGCAAACCCUGAGCAACUGUGUUGAAUACCUGAAACCGUGGUUGGCCCAUAAAUAUCGCUUGAUGCGGGCUAAUGAACACCAGCCUGAAUCCAAAGACCCGGAACUGGAGGCAUGGCAGCGGAACUACUACCUGAAUCCAGUCAACACCUUCAGCCUGUUUGAUGAGUUCAUGGAGAUGAUGAUCCAGUAUGGCUUCACCACCAUCUUUGUGGCUGCCUUCCCACUGGCACCACUCUUGGCACUCUUCAGCAACAUUGUGGAGAUCCGCCUGGACGCCAUCAAGAUGGUCAGACUACAGCGGCGCCUGGUCCCUCGGAAGGCUAAGGACAUAGGGACCUGGCUGCAGGUAUUGGAGACCAUUGGAGUGCUGGCAGUCAUCGCCAAUGGGAUGGUCAUCGCCUUCACCUCCGAGUUUAUCCCCAGAAUCGUCUACACGUACCACUAUGGCCCAUGCCGAAAGUACCAGAACUUCACAGAUGACUGCCUCCAGGGCUAUGUCAACCACAGUUUAUCUGUCUUCCGCACCAAGGACUUCCAGGACCAUGGCAGGAUAGUCGGCCAAGAAAAUGUGACCCAUUGCAGGUACCGGGACUACAGGAAUGAGGAUGACUACAACUUCUCUAAGGAAUUCUGGUUCAUUCUGUCUAUCCGGCUAGCCUUUGUCAUCCUCUUUGAGCACGUCGCCUUGUGCAUCAAGCUCAUCGCUGCAUGGUUUGUGCCUGAUGUGCCCCAGUCAGUGAAGAACAAGGUUCUGGAGGAAAAGUACCAGAAACUUCAGGAAAAGAUGUGCUUCAUUUCCAGGAGCACAGACGUAUAGACAGCCUGGGGCAGGUGGGGAAAUGCUGGGUGCCAGGAGUCCGGACGAGGAAGAAGUCCCCACCUCUACAGCUUGCCCCUGCCUGUAACAAUGUGUAUGUGUGUGUUGAGGGAGACUGUAAAAUUAUGUACGUAGUUGCCGGGCAUGGUGGUGCAUGCCUUUAAUCCUAGCACUUGGGA